GUAUUUAAUUAGAUAUUCCCUCAAUGGUUGUGUUAAUCAUCAAAAUACCACUAUCAUCCUCAGAAGCGAAGGAGAGGACUUCCAAGAAGAGGGCGGAGGUCGAUUGCCGAGCGGCAGAGCCACCUUCCUAUCACUUUAGGGAGCCGGAGGAGGUUGAGGAUCUAGAUGAGGAGGAGGCAAAUAUUCAGACGGCCAUGCACGCAAGCCUGGAUGAUCAGUGGCAGCAGGAGGAGGUGGCCAGGCAUAGGGCUCGAUUUGGGCCCUCUGCAUACGAGUCGGGCGGUAGUUCUAGGAGCACUAGACAAGAUCCAAAGUUCUUGAGGACAACUUCAGUCAGGGAGGGUAUCGGGAAAGAACGUGGUCGGACUGCAUCUAUGCUGGAUAGUUUUGGUAGCUGAAAGAAGUCAUCUAGAAGAAUUCCACAAGGAGCGACAAUUCAUGAUGUAGAUCUUCAUGCUCUUCCCAGCAGAGAUUCAAGGCAGCAGAGAGUAGACACAAUAUGGAUGAAGGAUAAGAAGAAAAUUAUGUGGCGAGCUAUUGGAUCCUGAUUUCACUUCAGCCACAUCCCAGCGAAUGUGGCAGACAAUACAUACUACAGGUCUGCCACUGCCGCCAUAUAAGCUGCCAGUCCCGGUGUAGUUCCUCCAUGCCCGAAGAACAUAUACGGUGAGCUUCUUAAUAAGAAUAAGGAGGAGCUGGAGAAUUGGAUUGACUCCUACAAGAGCAAGUGGCCCAUAUAUGGACUAACCAUCAUGUGCGAUGGUUGGACUGGUCCGACCAGGCGGAGCAUCAUCAACUUUCUGAUAUAUUGUGAUGCGAAGACCUUCUUCCACAAGUCGGUUGAUGCUUCGGCUUAUGUGCACAACACCGUGUACAUGCUGAAACUUAUGGAGGAUGUGAUUGAUCUGGUAGAAGAGGAGAAUGUCAUGCAGGUCGUCACUGAUAAUGGGCCGCAAUAUAAGGCUGCCGGGCAGGUCUUGAUGGAGCGGCGACCACAUAUUUUCUGAACCCCAUGUGCUGCACAUUGUAUCGAUCUCAUGUUGAUGGACAUUGGAAAGAUCCGUAGGGUGCAACAAAUGGUGGAGACAGCCCAACGCAUUACCAGGUAUAUUUAUAACCAUAACUGGGUCCUUUCACUGAUGAGAAAGUAUGCAGGGGGAGAGAUUCUGAGAUCAGGAGUCAUACGGUUUGCUACCAACUUCAUCGCACUUGAUAACAUACUCGAGAAGAGAGGAGCCCUACGUUAGAUGUUUACCAGUCCUGAGUGGUAUGAUAGUAGAUAUUCUUAUGCUGGCACUAAAGGGAGCAAGAUAGAAGACUUGGUGACGAGACAGUCAUUCUGGCAGCGGGCUACUACAAUAGUCAAGGCUAUCAAACCAUUAUAUGAAGUGCUGCGGGCCGUAGAUAGCGAGAUCUGCCCCCAGAUGAAGUUUUUGUAUCACAUGAUGGUCAAGUUUCAAAGGAUCAGAUUAUGAAGGCAGAUCCAGCACAUGGCCGGUCGUACAUCAACAUCAUUGAGCGACGGUGGGGAGCGCAAAUGGGUAAGAAAUUGCAUCUAGCAGCAUACUACCUAAACCCCCGGUUUCAAUACAGCAUAGAUGGAAUUGGUAUGGAUGAAACACUUCUAGAUGCUUUGCGUAAUGUGAUUUACAAGAUGGAUCAUGAUCCAAAAAAAGUGGCCCUAUGUCUUGAAGAGGUAAUUAUGAUUUCGUAAUUAACAGCAUGUGUAAGUAUAUCGGUAUCUUCAAUUAUUAACAUGGUAGAACAUGCUUAUUUUUCACAGAGCAAAUUAUUUAGAGAGGGCAGCUACGUUUUGGCCAAUGAGCGGCUGUCGUCAGCAAAUACAAUAUGAAUCCAGGUACGUGACACAUCAGGAAAACAUUCACCUGGUGUUACUUAGUUACUAUUAUGGAACUAUCAUAUAUGUAAUUUUCAUAAAUAUUUUUGCAGCUGAAUGGUGGGUGCAUUUUGGCGGGUCCGCGAGAAAUCUAAAGCGGAUAGCUAUCCGGAUCCUCUUCCAAACAGUCUCCUCUAGUGGCUGUGAGCGCAAUUGGUCCACCUUCGCCCAUAUCUACAGCAAACAAAGAAACCGUUUGACGCAAAAGCGCCUCAACGACCUUGUUUAUGUGCAUUACAAUUUGUGGUUAAGGCUAAAGUGCAUUCAGGAGGAAGGGGAGCUCAAGUAUACAGAUUCGAUUUACGGGACCUUCACCGAUGAUGACGAUGAUCCACUACUCGGCUGGCUUGUAGGCCAGCAGCAGGAGCUCGAGCUUAACGAGCCAGGAUCGCCUCCACGACCAGCUAACUUCACAGCCACCGAAGCUAGGGUCAAUCCAGAGCAAUGGGCUGAGCGCAAUAUUCCACGCACUCCCAGAGCUGAUCAGCCGCAGGCACAGGGGAGCCAGUCACCACAUGAUUGGUACGAGACACCCUCCAAAAGAGCUGAUCGAGAGAUGCUCGGCAGACAAGGGCAACAUAGCCAGACAGAAAGGGCCAGAAAAGGAAAACAAAGGGUCCCAAUGGAGAGUGUCGAGGAGGAGACUUGGACUAACAGCGAUGAAGGUUCUAGUGGUGAUGGAUCUUCUAGCCAUGGAGGAAGCGGAGGGCAGUAUGGUACUAAUGAAACACAGCCGAAGGGUGGUCUUUAUUUCACCGGUGAGUCUCAAUUUACGGAUGCUACACAGGAUACGGACCACGAUCGACCACCUGAUAAAUUUCAUGAGGAUAUCAUUGAAUAUAGAAGACGGGCUCCUCGAGGUCGUUCAGGAAGACAGGAUAUGGCUGCAGAUCCGACAGCAUACGGAUACGGAUUCUAUUAUCCACAGCCUCAGCCUGACGAAUAUGGAUAUGGUGCAUCGAGUUUUGCUUCCGCCAUAUUUGGAUGGGCCCCUACACAAUCAGAGGACACCUCUCAGAGCCAGAGCGUGAGCGAGAGAUCCGACAGUUCUUAUAACCUGGCGUGCGUUCCUUCUGAUUGGGUUGAUUUGCCUCCUCCUGACUAUACUUAUGAUACGGAUAUCUACGAGAGCCAUCGGCACUCGUCCAGAUUUUAGAUAUCCGAGAGUGUUUUAAAUGUAUGUAAAUGAUUGUAUCUUAAUUUGAAGAUAUUUUAUGUGUAUCAUUUUAUCAUUU